GGCAUAAACGUAAAAGACUAAUCAAUCCUCUUCUCCGUAGGGUUUAUGCGAGUUCAGUAAUUCUUCAACGCCAUGAAUGCACUCAUUUCCCUUCCUUCCAAUCCGAUAUUAAUGUAAAAGGAGUCUCCAUUUUGAAAUUCAAACCUUAAAAAUGAGGUACUUACGCUUCAUUUCCUCACAUUUAUCCCAAAAUUUCAAAUCCGUCCCUCAGAACCCUCGAAGUUUUACUACCAAUGCUAAUCUCCAAAUCACUCCGAUUUUUGCUCGAAAGUACUGUACUCCCACCCAAAAACCGUCCGAAAAAGUGUCCGCAAUAGUGGACGAACUCUCGGAGCUUACACUCCUGGAAGUCUCAGACCUUUCCGAAGUCCUUCGGGAAAAAAUGGGAAUCAAGGAGAUGCCGAACAUGUUCGUGAUGAUGCCCGGGAUGGGAUUCUCUGUGAAGGGCGCCGCGAAAGGCGGAGGUGGCCCCGGGAAGGCUGAGGAGAAAGCGGAGAAAACUGUUUUUGAUGUGAAGCUUGAAGGUUUUGAUGCGGCUGCUAAGAUUAAGGUGAUUAAAGAAGUGAGAGGUUUUACAGAUUUGGGGCUGAAAGAGGCUAAGGAUUUAGUGGAGAAAGCUCCAACCUUAUUGAAGAAAGGCGUCACGAAAGAAGAGGCCGACAAGAUUAUUGCUAAAUUGAAGGAGAUUGGCGCCAAAGUGUCCUUGGAGUGAGGUAGCCUACUUCCAAAUGGGAAGAAGAAUGGAGAAUGUUAAGCUCAAGGCUUUUGUGCUCCGGUGCUUGUUAUAAUCAGAAUAGAUAAUAUUGAUCUAUCAUGCUGGGAUGUUGCAAGUCAUGGAGAUCAAUGUAGAUUUUGUCAUAAUUCAGAACAUUCAUUCAUAAAACUAAUUCACUUGUUUUUCUGAGUUAGAAGAAGCAGAUCUGAGCAGAAGUUAGAUUUUCAUUUUUCUAAAACCAGCUGUAUCCAUAAUUAUUUAUGCUUCCAAACACCUUUUGUAGAAUUGAAUUCUGAUGACAGGUUCAGUUUAUAAAAGAAUCUGAAUGAAUUGUGACUCGUAGCUGUGCAAUAGUUUGAGUCCACUGCUACUUUUAACAACU